AUGGCUGCUCCCAUACUGAAAUGGAAGCGGGUAACAAAUACAACAGGGCCAUGUCCAAGACCUCGUCAUGGCCAUCGUGCAGUUGCAAUCAAAGAUUUAAUGAUUGUAUUUGGUGGUGGAAAUGAAGGAAUUGUCGACGAACUCCAUGUUUACAAUACAACUACGAAUCAGUGGUUUGUGCCUGCUGUCAGAGGAGAUAUUCCACCAGGAUGUGCUGCUUAUGGCUUUGUUUGCGAUGGGACCAGAAUACUUGUAUUUGGUGGCAUGGUUGAAUAUGGAAAAUAUUCUAAUGAGUUAUAUGAAUUACAAGCCAGUAGAUGGGAAUGGAAACGUUUAAAACCAAGAGCACCAAAAAAUCAUACCAUUCCCUGUCCACGCUUAGGUCACAGUUUUUGUAUGUUAGGUAGUAAGGCCUAUCUGUUUGGUGGUUUAGCCAACGAUAGUGAAGAUCCAAAGAAUAAUAUACCCAGAUAUUUGAAUGAUCUGUACGGAUUAGAAAUGAAAUCCAGUUCCAGUUCAAUGAUGUGGGAAUAUCCAGUCACAAACGGUCAACCGCCUCCUCCUAGGGAAUCUCAUUCUUGUGUUGGAUAUGCUGAGAAGGAUGGCCGUCAUCCUAGACUAUUGAUAUAUGGUGGAAUGAGCGGAUGUCGCCUUGGUGAUUUAUGGCAAUGUGAAAUUGAUACAUACACAUGGACUAAACCUAUUGUACAAGGUAUACCUCCAUUACCAAGAUCCUUACACACUGCUACUGUUAUUGGUAAUCGAAUGUUUGUUUUUGGUGGGUGGGUGCCCUUGGUAAUGGAUGAUGUUAAAGUAGCAACUCAUGAAAAGGAAUGGAAAUGCACCAACACAUUGGCUUCUUUAAACUUAGAGAGUAAUUCAUGGGAACCAUUAGCUAUGGAAGUUUUUGAAGAUGCCCUUCCUAGAGCUAGAGCAGGGCAAUGUGCUGUAUCUAUUAACACAAGACUAUACAUAUGGAGUGGUAGAGAUGGAUAUAGAAAAGCCUGGAAUAACCAAGUUUGCUUCAAAGAUUUAUGGUUUUUAGAGACAGAAAAACCACCAGCUCCUUCGAAGGUCCAGUUAGUACGAGCCAGUACAAAUACAUUAGAAGUUUGCUGGGGGUCUGUCCCAACUGCAGAUGCUUACCUACUUCAGUUACAAAAAUAUGACUUGCCACCAUCACAAGCCAUGAGUCCGACUGCUGUACCAACUGGUACAAACCUUGCUAAGCCAUUAGUUCCUAACCAACCUCAGUUAGUUCGAUCACCCGGCACAGGUAAUAUCUGA